UAAGUUCAGUUUCAAUUUAAAGAGCUCACAGUGUAGGCCUAUUUUGCCGUAAAAUUUAAUAUUUCCAAACAAAAAACAGAUUUUUUCCUCAGUUUUCUUUUCCAAAUGUUUUUUUGGAUUGAGUAAAAAUUGUUGAAAAUUUCAAAUGUGUAAAAACGAAUACGAUGCCACUGCGCAAGUGUAUUUACCGAUUGAACUUAUUGAGUAUCUUCAUUUUGGUGGGAUUACUACUGCUGACUUCGAAAAGCAAUGUUCAUGGUGAUGAUGAUCAAGAAGGAUUUCGAUGUGUCAAUAUAACCAAAGAUCAAAUUACGGAUUAUUUGUUCAAAAAUUGUUAUUUGAGGAGAUCUGAGUUUGAUGGUAGGGGGAUACCAGCAAAAGACAAAGACUUGAACAAUGCCAUUAAAUUUUUGCAACAGGUUCAUAAUAAAUCGCAAAGUGGUUUCUUAAACCGUGAGACAUGUCAAGUGAUUCAGAAAACUUUCAUUGAUCCAUUGCCUGUUGAAAAGCUUAAAAACCGUAUUCGACGGUACGCAUACAAUGGCUACCAAUGGAAUAAAACCAAUCUAACUUAUUGGCUUAAAUUGGCGUUUCCUCCAGGCGAUCCGCGUAACCAGGCUAUGAAACGAAUACUAAAGACAGCGUUGUCAUUGUGGUCAGAUGUAUCGCCAUUCAAAUUUCGAAAAAAUCCCUACUUCUGGGCAGCGGAUAUUAAGAUUAAAUUCGCGAGAGGAGAUCAUGGUGAUGGAUUUAGUUUUAAUGGUCCAGGAGGUGUAUUGGCUCAUACAUUCCCGCCAAAAGAAAAAAGAUACGCUAGGAAACAAAUGGCGUACAUACAUCUUGAUUUGGAUGAGGACUGGAACUUUGAAGAGAGAUUCAACAAAGAUCGCACGAGUCUGUUGAAUGUAAUAGCACAUGAGAUCGGCCAUGCGUUGGGCUUAGAUCAUUCAGAGGCUGCGGGAGGAGUUAUGUUUCGUAUAUAUAAUGGAAUCGAACAGUUGUGUGAAGACGACGUGUUGGCAAUCCAACGCCUGUAUGGUGAGAACCUGAGUGCAACCCAAAGCCUGGAAGAAGAUUGGAAACUAGCGCAGUGGAAACUCUAAUGUCAUUCAUGCACCGUUAAAAUGAGACAAAUGCUAACGCUUUUGAAGAAUGACCGAAAAAAAUUGAAUGAUUUCCUAUCCUUUCUUAUGUGCACAGUAAAUGUAAUGGUAUUGGAUGCAAAUACAAAUUGAGCGAUAAUAUUUUAA